AAUUUCAUCACGACACGCUUAAAAGAUUCUCUUAACACGAAUUACAAAAAAGACGAAAUUUGAAAAACUGAGUUGUAGUCCUUGAACAUUCCUUAUAAUAUAUUUAGACAGCUAUAAGAGUUUGUGAAUCUCCAGCAGUCUGUAUAAAACCGGAAAAAGAAGAGUUAGUAAAAAUUAAUGUGAAUGUUGUUAGGUGAGUUUAAUAAAAAUAAUCCCUCAUUCUUAUGCAAAGUAAGAAGAUUUACAAAGAAUUAAUCUAAAUCAAGAUAAUCCUUCAAAAUGUUGACACUUUCAACCAAACUCCUCCUUCUGGGGGUAGUUAGUACCGUCCUCUCCUCCCCUUUCAAACUAACCGAACAAUACAUCGCAGAAUUCAAAACUGGUAUCGAAUCCCUGAAAAAGCUCGCCCACGAACACCAAUUCUCCGAAAAAAACUUUGAUAUCAAUCUCCACAACGGUUCAAAACCAGUUCCAGACGAAAUCGAGUACGACUUUAUCAUAAUCGGCGCUGGUGCCUCUGGUUCGGUUAUCGCAAACCGAUUAAGUGAACGCCCCGAAUGGAAAGUUCUCCUAUUGGAGGCUGGAGGACCCGAAACCCCUUACACUCGCAUCCCCCGACUAGGACACUUCCUCCAAAAUAGCGACUACAACUGGGCCUACACCACCACCCCUCAGAAAAACUGGUGCAAGGGUAUGAUCGAUGGUAGUUGCGCUAUUGCUGGAGGUAAGGCUCUAGGAGGUGGUACCGCAAUAAAUGGGAUGAUGUUCACUCGAGGACAUCCCAAGGAUUACGACAAAUGGGCCGAUUUGGGCAACCCGGGAUGGUGCUACAACGACGUACUACCAUAUUUCAAAAAAUUGGAAGAUGCGGAUUUGAAAGAAUUCGACCAUAAGUACCAUAAUCGAGGAGGACCCUUCCACAUUGAACACCCACAACACCAAACCCAUUUGACCCAUGAUGUGCUACAAGCGGGGAAGGAAUUAGGACUUGAGACCAUUGAUUACAAUGGAAAGGAACAAAUUGGACUUGGAGUACUACAAAUGAACUCCAAACAUGGAGUACGACAAAGUACUGCCACAGCUUACUUAGAACCGGCUGAGAAAAGACAAAAUUUAUUUGUCAAACCUUUGAGUCACGUGACCAAAAUUUUGAUAGCCCCCCAUACAAAAGAAGCAACUGGAGUUGAAUACCUCCACAAUGACAAACUCCACAUUGCUAAAGCAACCAAAGAAAUAAUUUUAUCAGCUGGAGCUCUCAAUACUCCUCAAAUUCUCAUGUUAUCAGGAAUUGGUCCAAAAGAAGAAUUGGAAAAGUUUGAAAUACCGGUGGUUCAUGAAUUACCCGUUGGAAAGCACCUCAAAGACCAUAUAGGUUACUACGGCCUCGACUUAGUCUACAAUGGUACCCAAUCGAGUGAGGACCCCCAUUAUGACGAAGUCAUCGAUUAUUUGAAAAAUGGUAAAGGUCCAUUAACCACAACCGGCUGUGAAGUCGUAGGUUACCUCCAAACAGAAGCCUCCAAAGACAAAAUCAAGUACCCCGAUAUCGAACUAUUUUUCUCCUCCCGCAAAAUCACCUCAAAACCCUCCAUAAACCCCUUCCGAUUCAAACCCGAAAUCAUCGACUCCCUCUACAAACCCAUCGAUGGUAAAAAAAUCGUCAACAUUGGUGUCAUGCUAACCCACCCCAAAUCCAUCGGUACUGUCACUCUCAAAGACAAAGAUCCCCUCCACCACCCCUUAGUCGACCCGAACCAACUCUCCGACCCUGAAGACGAAGACCUCAACACCCUCCUCCACGGUAUUCGCAAAGCUUUGGCUUUCACAAGUACCGAACCAUUCAAAAAAUUGCAUUUAGAGGUCAAUGAGCAUCCAGUAGCGGGUUGUGAGGAGCAUAAAUGGGGAAGUGACGAGUACUGGAAGUGUGCGAUAAAACAUUUGAGUAUCAGUUUGAGGCAUGUGAGUGGUACUGCGAGGAUGGGGCCAAAAACAGAUAAAGAUGCAGUAGUUGAUCACGAGUUAAGGGUGCAUGGGGUGCAAAAAUUGAGGGUUGCAGAUGCGAGUGUCAUCCCAGUGAGUGUGACAGGACACACCAUGGCCCCAGCUAUUAUGGUAGGAGAGAAGGCGGCUGAUUUAAUUAAAGAGAGUUGGAAGUAAUUUGUGUAUUUAUAUUUAUAGUUAUAGUGAUGAAAUAAAUAAUAAUAAAAAUUAGAAUAUUUAA